UGGAAGCCAGUUUGUUUAUAGUUUUACAAGUUUUUAUUUUAUCAAUUGCAUAUGCCAUUUAACAUUGGUAUUAUAGAAUGUAUCGCCCACGACGUACCUCAGAGUUUCACGAUGACGGCCGGGAUGAUGGUGGCGUCGUUAACAAACGCCAAACGAGGUCGCUAUUGCGAAAUACGACAUCAUCCUCCAUUAGUAAGCCAAACCACAGAGAUUGGCAGCCGCAGUCUCGGCUUACCCAGUAUAACCAGGAUCGCGAACGUGGCACGCCCCUCCGCACGGGUCCGCCGCCCACGAUGAAACGGAGCCUGGCCAAUGGGAAUGCGGUGACGCCGAUGCGGCAUCGGCAGGCUUCGUCGUCAGAGCGGCCGGUUGUAUUUCACACUGACAAAAAGUGGGUGCAGGAGCAGGCACAGAUGAUAGCCGAAUAUCUGGAUGAGAUGGUGCAAACUUAUGCGCUGUCUAAUUUCCCAAGCGAUUUCUUUAGUCGAGGCGCCGCGACAUUGCGUCAAAUGACAAUGAAACAGUUUGUGGGCAUUGUGAACUUCCUUUUGCACUUCAUUUGGCCGAAUCGCACCACCGUGGGCAGCAAUCACGUUGAGGAUAUAACAAACGCAUUGCACAAGCUCAACUAUCCAUAUCAGGUGAAUAAGUCCUGGCUAAUGACACCCACCACACAGCACUCGUUUGGCCAUGUCAUUGUCAUGCUUGACUUCCUUAAGGACUUCGCGCCGUCGUCGCAAAAGCAACAGGCAUUCGGCCAAUACGAGGAGUUUCCCUUUAUGGAGACCAGCGAGCAGGCCAGCUAUGUGCAGAACACACAGGAUUCGAUGGCUCUGUCUAACACACAAAUGGGCAGCGUGAUACUCAACGAGGAGACCACUCAGCUGCUGUUUACGAAAUCCGCCGAGUGCUUUGCCGUUUGGGACAAGCAGAAGGUGGACGAGUAUGUGGUGCUGAAACGCAACGUCAGCGAUCAAAUUGUGAAAAGCAUUUGUGACUUGCCCGACACUGCGAGUCUGGACGCGGACAUUGUGCGACAGCAGAGCGAGCUACAGCAGCUGGAGGAGCAGCUCCAAAAACCCCGCAGCGGCAACAACGAACAUCUGGAGCAGCUAACCGCCCAGCAUCAGCAAUUGGAGCAUAAGCUGCAUACAAUGCAAGCCAAUACGGAGGAGUAUCGCGAGAAGAUCGAACGGCUCAAAGCAACCGCUGCCCAGAAUGUGGACACCAUGAAAGCACUGCGCAAGCAGCGACAGCAACUGCACCGGGAAUUGGGUCAGCAGAAGUGCAGCGCUGAACAGUUUCAGGCCAAGAAGGGUGUGCUCGGUGAUCUGGAGACCAAGGAAAAGUUCUACAAUCGGCAACUGCGCGAGUUCACCGAGCGCGGCUACGAUCAGCAGGUGCGAUUCUCGCGUGCCAAGAAACAGCUGCUGGACAAGGUGGAGAAGUUCAAUACGCAUGCGCAGAACAUUGGCCUCGACUCGGACAUAUGCAGUGCCAGCGAGAAGGAUAAGUUGGAUUUGGUGUUGUCGCUGCCGCUGCAGCUCGGUGACAUCCAGGCGCGCAACCGUCGCCUCACCAAGCUGAGCACAAUGCUCGAGCAGCGUGGGGAGCAGCACAAGGAGCGCCUGCGGUGCCUGGAGCAGUACAUCACCGAGCUGACGAAGCAAAUCAGAAAUAUCGAUGGGGUCAACAAACAAUUGAAUAACCAGAUUCAGUCAUAUGAGCAGCAAAUGGAGCAACUGCAUCACAGCCAUCAGGAGAAGGAGGCCAUGUGGACGCAGCAUCAACAUCAGCAUGAUGAGCGCAAGGUUGAGCUCAACGCAAAGCUCGAGCAACUGCAGCUGGAGCAGCACGACCUAACCCAGCAAUUGGAUAACAUGCGCAAGGAGAACGAAGCCCUCCUCAGCAAUGCCGAGCAGCGACACGCCGAGAUCAUAAGCGAGCGCGAAGAAUUCUGCAGGCAGUACAGACAGCAGCUGGACGAUGGCGAAGAACACCUCAAGAAGAUUGAUGCAAUAAUUGCGCAGAACGACAUCAGAAUAGCCAGCAUCGAAAAGCAACUGCAAGACAGCAAGCUGACACCGUUUGAAGACGUGCUGGACAAGGUGUUCAAAAAUCUGAUAAAUAAUUAA